UGCUCAGACAGCUAGGCGCGGGUGACGUACAGGUUGUCACGUGUCUCGGUUGACCAAUCCGGGCAGGAUAGCGGGGUGACGUAUCGCGGUGCAGGCCCUGGUACUUCCUUUCCGUCGGCGGCAGGCAUCGAGGCAGCAUGAAGGCGUCCGGCACGCUAAGAGAGUACAAGGUGAUUGGGCGCAGUCUGCCCACAGCCAAGGUGCCAGCUCCACCUCUCUAUCGUAUGAGAAUCUUCGCUACCAACCAUGUGGUGGCAAAGUCUCGGUUCUGGUACUUUGUAUCUCAGCUGAAGAAGAUGAAGAAGGCGUCUGGAGAGAUCGUGUACUGUGGCCAAGUUUUUGAGAAGUCUCCUCUAAAGGUGAAGAACUUUGGCAUCUGGCUGCGUUAUGAUUCCCGUAGUGGAACACACAACAUGUACCGCGAGUACAGAGACCUGACUACCGCUGCUGCAGUGACCCAGUGCUACCGUGAUAUGGGUGCCCGCCAUCGUGCUCGUGCCCAUUCCAUUCAGAUUAUGAAGGUUGAGGUAAUAGCUGCCAACAAGUGUCGCAGACCCGCCAUCAAGCAGUUCCACGACUCCAAGAUCAAGUUCCCUCUGCCACACAGAGUUCUGCGUCGCCAGCACAGGCCCCGCUUUACCACCAAGAGACCAAACACCUUCUACUAAGCAAGGAACUGUACUUGUUCUGUGGUCAAAUAAAAUUUAUUUAGAAACUUC